GGGGGUGGGAUAAAGCAGACAGCUUAGGGUGGGUGGACACAAUACAGAGACCAAGAAUGGUUGAUGGGGUCUUAGCAUAGCCUCGGAUCUCCCAGACCAAGCCGCCCGCUUUAAUUGUGCCCAUUUCCUGGGAUCUGGAUGCCCUGGCGGACAAGGAAUCUGUAUCUUUGCCGGGCUGAUCAUAGAUCAAUAUCCUCAGAGCUGACUGCUAGCCAGCCGAUUGCUGAGCUAUCACUCCUUUACCAUUUUUCUGCUGCUCGAUCGUUUUGCCAUGCCAGUCCUCAUUCCAGCGCUGCCUGGGUGUAGACUGGCACUUGCGGUUAGAUCAGCGACUGCACCUUAAAAGAAAGCCUUGGGGGUAAUACAAGAACGAGAGGACGUUGGCGUCUGGCACCGAACAUCCAAUUCCUGGGAGAGGGAGAUGCCCGCUGAUCUAAGGGUGGUCACACAUUGACUUCAACAUGCUGCAAGCUUGGCACCUUGUGUUGGGCCUUGUCCCGUUCCUCCUUGUGAGCUGCGAGGAGCCCAGUUCCGAAGGACUCUCCUCCACCUCACUGGUGGACCUCUCCUCAUCCUUGUCCACUCUAGAGACCUUGGAUUCUACGGAACGCGCCAGUGACAGGUACUCAGAGACCGACGCCCACCAUGACUUGCUCCACACACCUCAAGGCUCUGGCUUUUCCAGCCAGGAGACGGAGGAGAUCUCCAUUUUCCAAUCCCCCAAAUAUUUCUGGGAUGAUGAUACAAGAAGAGUGAAUGGAACGAGCGAUGAUCGUGUGACACAAACUGCUGAACCCGUAUCCACAGACAGCAGGGUCACCCAAGAUGAGACGAGCACUUUGCCUAAAGAACUUUUGGAAACAUCUACAACAAUCUGGCCUACAGAGGUUAGCGAGACUCCUGAAUCCCCAAUCAUCAAGGUCCUCGCAGAGGAAGAUCCUAUCCGGCCCAUACACAAUGAGACGGCCACUGCCGUUCCGGACCAGGAGGUGAGGACAGCUACCAAGACGACAUCCACUUCUUCCAACACAACUGUCAAGCCGCCCCGAAAGAACAAGAAACAUUCCGGGUCCCGAGGACAUCAUGCCGGUCACAAGCCAGAAUCUGAACUUCAUCCUGGACCUCCUGCAGAUUCCCGGGGUCAUCCUGCAAGGCAUCACCCCCCUGGGCACAUGGGCAAUGAAAGUAUGUUAGUCAACCAAUCUUCAUCUGCUGCCAACAGCAAAAAGAAACUCGAUAUCCCGCCAGUUUUUUCCACUCAACGGGAAGCUGACCCAACGAAGGCUGCGGCCCCAAUGCAGCUGUCACCAAGUACAGAGCAGGUAAUCUGCAAAGACUGGAUAAAUUUGGCAGGAAAAAAUUACAUCAUCCUCAACAUGUCGGAUGAUAUCGACUGUGAAGAGUUCAGAUGGAGGAAGGGGCAACAGCUGCUUUCUCUCCUUGAGGGGGCGCUCUCUUGGAAAACAGAGCCACCCCAGAGGGACUGGGUGAUCUUCCUAAGCAAGCCUAAUGAGAAUGACAAUCACCUGCUGAUGACGGUCACAGAGGAGGAACGUGUGGUCCCUGCUAAAGACGUCUUCAUGGCGCUGGGCGACAUAAAACGAAGCCUCGCAGAGAUCGGGAUUGAAAGUUAUUCCAGCACGGUCAGCUGCCAGUCCCGCCCCAGUCCACCCCGGAGCGAUUACGGCAAACUCUUUAUUGUUUUGGUCAUUAUCGGUUCCGUGUGCGUCAUGAUUAUUGUCGCCGGGCUCAUUUACAUCUGCUGGCAAAGGCGUCUGCCCAAACUGAAAAACAUGGAGCUGCAUUUUGUGGAGAAUGGCUGCCACGAUAAUCCCACCCUGGACGUGGCGAUGGACGGACAGUCGGAGAUGCAAGAGAAGAAGGCGAGCAUCAACGGUGGCACCGCACACCAGGGGGAUGGCUGGGAAACCCUAAUCAACAAGCCUGACAAAGAAGAGAAUGAGGCUAUGGAGGAGGACACCCACUUAUAAAGGCCAGCGACAGCCCGGUCUGUUGGCAGAACUUUUUUUGGCCGUGGGGCACCUUCAGGAUGCGUCAUUUUACCAAACCCCAGAUGCUGGGACUAAAAGAAAAAAAAUAUGGAGUUUGUCGAUCUGUAGCAGCACAGAAGUCUAGAUAGAGCACACAGUGUCAGUGACUACUCAUACGCUGGUCCGUGGUUUACAGUGUUUAAUAUGAUUGCACUUUACUCUUCCAAAGAUUAAAUUCAGAGUCGGCUCACCAGCGUAAUACUAUCUGCCAGACCUUUUUCAGAGCAGCCUUGACUGGACAGAGCAUUGUUUUAGAUUAGGCAUUGUACAUUUUCCCCCCUGUGGCGAUGUAGGACUGGGAUCGCUUUUAAACGCACAGACUGCCUCCAUUGUUCUGCCUUGCUAUGCCAACCGUAUGUAGUUUGUGUCCUUACAGCUUGGUACCAAGUCCGCUGGGCAAAUUAUGAAAAAUUUAAAAAAGAAAAAAAAAGAAAAACAGGGUAGCUACAAAAGA